GAGGAGGAGGUGGUGAGGAGGAGGAGGAGGUGGUGAGGAGGAGGAGGAGGAGUUGAUGUCUCUGCGAGGCUGUUCACUGCUGUCCUGGCUGCCCGUGGUCUUCAUCUGUGGAGUCCUGGCUUGGGCCUACUACGCCUACCUCCUACCUCUUUGUGUGUACACGGUGACGGACACCACGGAGAAGGUCUGCUACCUCAUCAGCUACCACGGCAGCCUGGCCAUGCUGCUUUGGGCAUUCUUCCAGACGGUGUUCACUCCGCUCAGCCGCCCAAGCAAGGAGUUCUCUCUGUGCAAGGCUGAGCGUCAGGCCCUCGAGGGAGAUGGUGGUGAUGAUGGUGGUGGUGCUGAGCGAGGGGUGGACAUGCAGAGGGAGCUCCUCAGAUGCUCGGCUCACUCUCUGCCACUCGCGACCUGCACCGAGUCUGGGGCGAUCCGCUACUGUGAGCGGUGUCAGCUGGUGAAGCCGGAUCGGUGUCACCAUUGCUCUGUCUGUGAUUCGUGCGUAUUGAAGAUGGACCAUCACUGCCCUUGGGUGAACAACUGCGUGGGCUACUCCAACUACAAGUUUUUUCUGCUCUUCCUACUCUACGCGGCGCUCCACUGCGUCCUGGUCACAUUCACCGUGCUGCGAUACUUCCUGCGAUUCUGGACGGAGGGUCUGGCCGACACCCAGGCACGAUUCCACAUCCUGUUCCUGUUCCUCGUGGCCGCGAUGUUCUCUGUGAGUCUCCUGUCCCUGCUCGGGUACCACGGCUGGCUACUCGCCAUCAACUCCACCACGCUCGAGGCGUUUCGUGCUCCGGUAUUCCGUGGUGGUGAUGAGGCCGGAGACUUCAGCCUUGGUCUGGUGCAGAAUGUUCGCCAGGUGCUGGGUGAGGAUCCACGACUCUGGCUACUGCCGAUAUUCACCAGUGUAGGGGAUGGACAGUCGUUCCCCACGAGACGGAGGGACGAGGCCACCAGCCGCUUGCUGGGCCCUCGGCACCGCCACGUUGGGCGCACACUCGCCGUGCCGGAUGAUGAAGAGGACGACGACGAGGAGGGGGAGGAGCACACCGUGUUCGUGAACCCUGCUGCCUGCAGCAGCAGCAGUGCGGUCAUCUUCAUGCAGCAGGAGGAGCCGUAGCUGCCGCUAGGGAUUGUGGGAAGGCUCGCGGGGACCACGUGGCCAACACACACACACACACCCCAACACACUCACCAACACACACACCCCAACACACACACUCUCCAACACACACACCCCAACACACUCACCAA